UCGAAAUCGCUAGUUAGCUAUUGUCAUUGUGUAAGGGCUAGUAGCAAACACUCUCUUCCACAGUCAUAGUCCUUACCUUUACUUAAUCCCCGCCACUCUCAUUCGAAGUGCUUGAACAAUCAUCAAAGUUUCGAUCUUCAUUGAUAUCAAAGACAUCACAAUCAGCUCGUGUUCUACCAUAUACACGAAGACUUCCAGCGCUAUGGACAAAGAAAAGAUCUCUCAGCUCGACCCGGCUGCCUGGUCAGUCGUUGCACGCAAUGUUUUAGAUGAUUGCUUCCACAACAUAAUUCACGACAUGGUGUUGGAGAUACAUCGGGAAGAGAAAGUUUUGCGUAUGCAGUCCGCUGUGGUGAUUGCUGAAGAUACGGCAAGAGCACAAAUGCCCGAGCCCCCAGUUGCACCAGUCAAAGGAGCUCCCCCGCCUACCCCAAAUAUCAGAGUUGAGACAACAGGCGCGAUAUAUGAGAAUGGAAAGACGUUUCUACGCGGCAAUCCGCUGCAGACAACACCAGAAGUCAUUUGCCCGCAGUGUCGGUUGCCGCGUCUGCAAUACCCUAUCACUGGAAAGGGCUCGCGUGAGCCGGAUCUGUCGAAAGAAUAUUGCAUGUUCUAUCCUUUUGUUUCGAAACCAGGACAUGAUAUUUACGGCAACCAAUUUCCCACUGAACAAGCGAAGACAAAGAAAGAGCGAGAACUCAUCAAACAACAGCAGCGUGCUGAGAAAGACAACACGCCUGGUAGUAACGACACAGGUACCCCACCCGCUACACAGAGCUUUACACUCAAUACAGGCUCUAAGCCAAUCUCGUACAUCCCAUGGCAGACGUGCCCAAGCUGUAAGCGCAGCCUUCUCAUUACUCGAUUCGCUCAGCAUCUCGAAAAAUGUCUCGGUAUAUCCGGCCGUCAAAGUAGCCGUAACGCAAUGGCGAAGCUUACUGGUAACGGCUCUGUAUCCGGUAACACGCCACUGGGAAGCCGCAUGGGUACGCCCCAGCCAGGGAGCCAGAACAACAACGGAAAACGGUCUCCGACGAAAAAAGGUGGCGCGGACGAUGACGAUGAUGACGACAAGGAAACCCCUGUGAAAAAGAAGAAGAAGUCCAACUACAUCAAGAAAGCCGACAGAGAACGUUUGGCCGCCUCAGGCGCCACAACUCCGGGCUCUACACACCAAUCAGAUCCCAAGAUUAAACUCAAGAUUGCUAAACCAAAGAGCGGCGACAACGGAGUGAAACGCGAGCGCGAAGAUGGUGAUGGCGAGGUGCCACGGAAGAAGAUCAAGAUGCAACGUUCAGAAAGCAUAAGGACGGAAAAGACGGAAGGGGAUGACGAAGGCAGCGAUGACGAGCUAGGCGCGUAGGAGUAGCGCAUGCCGGCUGUAGGCAGGAAUGGUAACGGCCUCUGUACUAGAUUUCCUUGCACUUCGUCCUUUGUCUUCUUGAUACCUGUGGUCUUGGAUCGAGACCACUUUGGGCUUGCAUUGCGCUAUCUGGUGCAUCUUUUGGCGUUUGGGUCAUCUUCGUAUCGAACGGCUCACUGAACUUCGGCCGUGGGGCC